UCGACAAAACGGCUUGCAAACUGACACGCAAUCAACCAUCAAUUUUCUACAUGGGAGCCAGUGGAUCCACACCAGCCAACUCACCGAUCAAAAUCAAAAAACACGUGCGAUGCCCAGGCACUCGCAAACUGAUUGCAGCCAUCAUGAAACGUGGAAAUUGCAUCAUUCGAAUGGUCGAUGAAUACAUGACAUCAGAGCAUUGCCCAUUGUGUUUCAAGCGAUUUCCACAAGAAACUCGACGUGAUCGAUACAAGAAAUGUGUGGGUUGUGUACCAAAUCCAAUUGUUGGACUACCACGAACCAUCGUAACCAAUGUGAGCAAACGAUUACUACAAAUGCGACGAACAAUUGAACGAAUGUGGCGCGAGAUGCGUGAUAUAGGCGAUGUCAUUGCUGCAACUCUUCGAGAUGGACCGAAUGCAGGUCGUUUGGUGUCAAAGAAGCAACGCUUCUUCAAAACAUGGCUACCAAAUGUUGCAAACGUUGAAAUCGAGGGAGCUGCUGGAGCACAACCAACGCUCACAACUGUAUGGCACCGUGAUAUCGCAGCAGCGAAGCUGAUCCUCUACAAAGGUGAAUGCGUGGUGUUCAAGCGGACAAUUCAUCCAAAUGUACGGAGACCACGCCGUGUUGACAACAAUCAGCCAUUGCCGUUGUAUCGAGGUCAGAAUCAGAAUGUCAACAAUGGACAUCUGCAGCCGCAGUAGUAGCAGCCCUCAUUCAACAACAUUCAAACAAUACUAAAUUUAGAAAUUAGUUUAUAACAAUUAUUUGUUAGUUCGCUAGGCUUGAUUAAAUUGUGGCCUUGCCAAAGUACGAGUACCUCUUGGUAUAAAUUGUACUCGGUAAGUGGAGUCUAUUGCAUAUACAAUAGCAUAAUGAUGAUUAUGAAUCAAGUCAAUUUUUUCAUAUCAGUCUA